AUGGCUUCUCUCCCCACAUGUGCACAUGUGGCUGAAGGGAACAUCAAUCAACAUCCAACUGUACCACAUCAUUCCAUGUCCUUAUCCAGCCUACGACAGCCUUCCGAACUUCAGACCCAAUUAAUAUGUGGCAGCCACACGGUUGACCUUGAUGGCGUAACAAACCAGCACGGCUCCGGCAGACCUUCUCGCUCUACAUACCGAGUCUAGGCGCAAACCCGCUGCGAUGUCCCCGGGGGCCAUUCGCAGCAAUAUAUAUUGUCUUUGAUAUCAUCCACGUUUGCGACCAGGAUGAAUACGCCGGUACCAACUGCGCUGUGCAACAGUCUGCAUGGUUAUCUCCUUCUAAUCUUGGAAGCGAAACGCUCAUCCGGCUAAGAUCUUCGUCGACUUUUGGCCGCGCAAAAGCAAGGCACACCUUUUGAAUAUCCCCCACAAUGCCAUGACCACCGUAUAGAUGAGCCCACGGCCCUUUUGCUGUUCCUUCGAUCGACCCUCCGCAUUUAUUCCGCAAAUGAGAUGCUGCGGAGCGUGUUGUUCGUGCUUUUGUACACUCGGAUGAGCAGUCCUUGAAACGUCGCCUUAUCGAAGCAUUGGCAAAAGUUGCAACGGCCUCGCUGAUGCACGAAUAAGACCAAAGCGCUUGAGUAUGUGAAC